UUGUAACAACUAUAAGUCUAUAACCAACUAAGGUUUACACACGUAUUGCGACAGUGACACUACAGAAAAUAGAACUUGGCACAAAUAUAACAUGUACGUGUAGACUGUAGAGGUACAAGGUACAAGUCAUCAAUGCAGUGAGAAUAGAUGGAGAAGAAAGAGAAAGAAACAAAGAUGGUAAGAUCCAUGUCAAUUCCAACGCGUACACCUGUCCUUCCUUCGAAAUCCCAUAUAAAAGAAGGGACUAUAUAUAAUAAAUACUCACUACUCCUUUACACCAUAACACUCCCAGCUAAGCUAAAGAGUCGUUAAAGAGAGAGUCAAAAGAGUCGAAAGAAAGAAUGUCAGAAGGCAGGAAGAGCAAAAUCGAAAGUCGGAAAAGAUUUACAGAUAAACAAAUAAGCUUCUUGGAGUACAUGUUCGAGACAGAGUCACGACCGGAGUUAAGGAUGAAACACCAGUUAGCUAACAAACUCGGGUUACAUCCUCGACAGGUGGCGAUAUGGUUCCAGAACAAAAGAGCGCGAUCAAAAUCAAGGCAGAUUGAGCAAGAGUACAACACCUUGAAGCUCAAUUAUGAGUCGCUUGCUUCUAAGUCUGAAUCUCUCAAGAAAGAGAAUCAGGCACUGCUUAAUCAGUUGGAGAUGCUGAGAAAUGCAGCGGAGAGGAAUGGAAACAGCAGCAGUGGCAGUGAAGAAUCUGAAGAUAGGAUAAACAACGAACGAACGGAAAACCAUGAAAAACAAGAAAUUAGGGUUCCAUUUUUGUACCUUGGAGAAGAAAGCAAAAUCGCAGAUAUUGAAGGAUGGGAAGAGAGCUUGGGGAUGGAUCUUCAGAGGUGGUUGGAAUUCUAAAGAGAUGAGAUAGAUGAUAGGACUAGAGUGUCGCUUUUGUUUCUGGAGUAAACAACAUAGAAGUUGGCAUACAGUUGUAUAUAAAGAAAAAAAAAACCAGAUAAAUGAAAGCAUCAACGUUGAUGUUUACCUGUUUA